AUGAGGAGUAAAGGCAUUCAACCAGAUCUGGUCACUUACAAUUCCUUAGUUCAAGGUCUAUGCAAUUUUGGCCGGGGGAGGGAGGCUGCUACCUUGUUGAAUGAGAUGGAACAAAGGAAGGUCAUGCCAGAUGUACAAACAUUUAGCAUAUUGGUGGACACACUUUGCAAGGGAGGGAUGUUGACUGAGGCAAGAGAAGUUUUUGAUGUGAUGAUUCAAAGAAGCAUUGAUCUUGACAUAUUCACUUACAAUUCUUUGAUUGAUGGUUAUUGUUUGCAAAACAAACUGGAUGAGGCAGUUAAGACGUUUAAUAUGAUGGUUGAGAAGGGUUGUUCACCCAAUGUGUUUAGCUAUACCAUAUUGAUAAAUGGAUAUUGCAAAAUGACUUACAACACUCUUAUAUGUGGGUUAUGUCAAGUGGAGAGAGUCCAAACUGCACUAGAGCUAUUCAAUACAAUGCGAGCUUGUGGCCAACAUCCAAAUCCCCAAACCUAUGCCACCCUGUUAGAUGGCUUUUUUAAGAAUAGACGAAUUGCUAAGGCAAUGGCAUUGUUUUAG